CCAAGACCCAUUCCAUCAACUCCAUUUCUUUCUCAUCUUCCUUUCCAGCAUCAAGUAUAAGCGCGCAUAACAGCAAAGAUGUCGAUACCAUACGAAACGGAGAAAGACAAGUCAAUAAGUGGAGGGUCGCAAGGCGCGAUGACCCCGAUCAAUGGCAAGAGCGGCAAUGAGGUGCUUGUGACGCCUGCUUUGGGAGAGAAGGGUGGUUUUGAAGGAUCCGGUGGUAACCCAGGAGAAGGGACGGUCCACCGAACACUCAAACAGCGACACAUGGCGAUGAUCGCCCUUGGAGGCGCUAUAGGUACAGGUCUCUUUGUCGGGUCAGGUUCUGCACUGGCUACUGGUGGACCCGUCGGUUUCUGGUUAGGAUAUGUCUUCAUGGGCCUGAUGGUAUACUCGAUGAUGGUAGCACUUGGAGAGAUGGCAUCUCUUUAUCCAGUUGCGGGUGCUUUCACCCAUUAUGCUGCCCGAUUUGUCGACCCCGCUCUCGGUUUCGCCACCGGUAUCAACUAUUGGUAUUCAUACGCCAUUACGAUCCCUACUGAGAUCGUUGCCGCGACCAUCGUUAUCUCAUACUGGGACGCCACCACCAAUGCCGCUGUCUAUAUCACUGUUUGCUUCGUGUCAAUUAUUGCGAUCAAUUUCCUCGGCGCUCGAGCAUAUGGUGAAGCUGAGUUCUGGUUCAGUUCCAUCAAGAUCGUUACCAUAGUCGGUUUAAUCAUCUUGGGUAUCGUCCUCAUGUGCGGUGGUGGGCCCAACCACGACGCCAUCGGAUUCCGAUACUGGCGCGACCCUGGUCCUUUCGCCCAAGUCACCAUUGAAAACGGUGCUGGCGUUAUUCCAGGUCGAUGGGGUCAAUUCCUUGCCUUCUGGAACGUCUUCGUACAGGCUGCUUUCUCUUUCAUUGGUACUGAGAUCAUCGCCACGACUCUUGGUGAGGCUGAGAACCCUCGAAAGACCGUCCCUCGCGCGAUCAAGCAAGUUUUCUUCCGAAUCCUUUUCUUCUACGUUAUGGGUACCUUUGUCAUCUCUGUCCUUGUUCCUUACACCGAACCCGACCUUCUCAACGGUUCCGGUACCGCCGCUGCUUCCCCCUUCGUCAUUGCUAUCAAUAACGCAGGCAUCAAGGCUCUCCCUUCCAUUGUCAAUGCCGUUUUGCUCAUUGCAGCUUGGUCAGCUGGUAAUUCAGACCUUUAUGCCGCGUCUCGUACCCUGUACGCUCUCGCGUUGGAGAGGCAGUUGCCCCGAGUCUUCAGAAGGUGCACCAAGCGAGGUCUCCCGAUUUGGUGUGUUACCGUGACUGCUUUGUUCGGAGCUUUUGCAUAUUUGAACACUGGUGGUGAGGCAGCUGAGGAGGCCUUCAACUGGUUGUACAACUUGUCUGCAAUCACUGGUAUUCUUACCUGGUGGGCUAUCCUCUUAUCGUACCUUCGAUUCUAUUACGGCCUCAAGAAGCAAGGUAUUAGUCGAGAUGAUUUCCCUUACCGUGCACCUUUACAACCCUACCUUUCUUGGCUUGGUUUCAUCUUCUUCACCCUCGUCACAAUCUUCAGCGGUUUCACAGUCUUCCUCAAGGGUAACUGGGAUACCUCAUCCUUCUUCGCCACUUACAUCACCAUUCCCAUCUUCGUUGGCUGCUGGAUUGGAUGGAAGGUUGUCAAGAAGACCAAGAUUGUACCCCUGGAACACAUGGACUUCACAACAGGCAGGAGGGAGUUGGAUGAGUUGGAGGCCCUUGACGCAGAGAGAUUCAAGGCGGAGACCAAGUACCAGAAGAUUAUCAGUAUCUUGUUCUAGGGCGGUGUGAUGAAGCUCGUGUUUAUUUGGUUUGUUGUAGACCCUAUUUCUUGAAUUUACGCCUUUUAUUGGCAUAUGUACGCACACAUUGACGAUUCCUUUCUAUAAUGGCAUUGGUCUUCCUUUGCCUCUAGAUGCGUGAUUCCCAUUUAGACUACCACACAUGUUGUAGUGGAUUAGAGAUAGAAAGUACGUAGUACAUGAUAAAUGCCAUUUGGUUGCCAGAUUUGCUCCCGAAUUAAAUAGCUGCCAACCAGAAGGAAACUGAAAGUCGUGUCU